AUCGAGUAACAAUAGAGAUGGGUCAGUCAUAAAGAUGAAAACAAGUGCUUCUUCUUUUGGUUUUGAUCCAACUCGUGUUACUCAACUCUCUUGGACUCCUAGAGCUUUUUUGUAUAAAGGGUUUCUUUCUGAUGAGGAAUGUGAUCACUUUAUCAAAUUGGCGAAAGGAAAGCUUGAGAAGUCAAUGGUGGCUGAUAAUGAUUCUGGUGAGAGUGUAGAGAGUGAAGUACGCACAAGUUCAGGAAUGUUUUUAUCCAAAAGACAGGAUGAUAUUGUAGCAAAUGUCGAGGCAAAACUUGCUGCGUGGACCUUUAUUCCCGAAGAAAAUGGGGAAUCCAUGCAAAUAUUGCAUUAUGAGAAUGGUCAAAAAUAUGAACCGCAUUUUGACUACUUUCACGACCAGGCCAAUCUAGAGCUCGGUGGUCAUCGGAUCGCCACUGUAUUGAUGUACUUGUCCAAUGUUGAAAAGGGCGGAGAAACAGUGUUUCCCAUGUGGAAGGGUAAAACAACUCAGUUGAAAGACGAUAGCUGGACCGAAUGUGCAAAACAAGGCUAUGCAGUGAAACCAAGGAAAGGGGACGCAUUGUUGUUCUUCAACCUACACCCAAAUGCAACGACAGAUUCAAAUAGCUUACAUGGAAGCUGUCCAGUGGUUGAGGGAGAGAAAUGGUCAGCAACCAGAUGGAUUCACGUUAGGUCAUUCGACAGAGCGUUUAAGAAGCAAUCUGGGUGUGUGAACGAGAAUGAGAGCUGCGAAAAAUGGGCAAAGGCAGGGGAAUGCGAGAAGAAUCCAACAUACAUGACAUUUCUCAGCUUCUUAUUCUUCUCCAUCUCCUCUCUUGUGUCUGAAUACCCAAAAAAGAAAUGGGAAGGCCUCCUUGUUGUGACAAAUCCAAUGUCAAGAAAGGUCUCUGGACCGAGGAAGAAGACGCUAAGAUCCUUGCUUAUGUUGCUAUCCAUGGUGUGGUCUUCGAUUGCGCGAAAGCUUCCAGGAAGAACGGAUAACGAUGUGAAGAACCACUGGAACACGAAGCUGAAGAAGAAACUGAUGAAAAUGGGGAUAGAUCCGGUGACUCAUAAACCGGUUUCUCAAGUCCUUUCAGAAUUCAGAAACAUUAGUGGCCAUGGAAAUGCAUCCUUCAAAACAGAACCAUCAAACAACUCUAUACUCACACAAUCUAACUCAGCAUGGGAAAUGAUGAGGAACACAACAACAAACCAUGAGAGUUAUUACAACUCUCCUAUGAUGUUUACAAAUUCCGCUUCGUCUGAAUUCCAAACUACUCCAUUUCAUUUCUCUAGCCGUCCAAAUAAUCUGCUCAAUGGAACCACAUCUUCAUGCUCUUCAUCAUCAUCUUCAGCUAGUAUCACUCAGCCAAACCAAGUGCCUCAAACACCGGUUACUAACUUUUACUGGAGCGAUUUCCUUCUAUCGGAUCCGGUUCCUCAAGUAGUGGGAUCCUCAGCUACAAGCGACCUCACUUUCGCGCAAAACGAGCAUCAUUUCAACAGCCAAGCCGAAUACAUCUCUCAAAACAUCGAUUCAAAGACCACGGGAACAUUACCAAGUUUCUUGAAAUACAUAAGGAACAGAUCCUCUGGCUCUAAAAGAGGGUUUAACUCUAUAUCUAUCAUUCGUCUUCUCUGCAAAUCUCCAAAGUCGAAAACUUUUUUAGCUAUGGCGGUUUUGUUAUCAUCUCCCAUAGUCUCUCCACUAGCAAUCAAUAAGAAUUUGGGUGUCUCGUAUUCUUCUUUCCCUCAAAUUCAUUUCUUUAGGGUUACUACUCCACUGCGUAUUCGAAAAUCUGUCGUCUCGAGCCGUAAAAAUUCAGGAACUGGUUUAGCAAGCGAGGAUAAGAAAUUGUUGCUGGAACGAUAUGGUUAUGAUGCUAAUGAUGACUUUGCGUCUCAAUCUAAGAAGGCGAGAAGGAAAGAAGAGAAAAUGAGUGGAAGGAAUAGUCUACAAGUAGAAGAAGUUGUUGUUGUACAGCCAAGAACAACUCAUAGGUUACUUCAGGUUCUUGCAGGAACGGCGAAACGAAAGAAAUUGCUUUCUCUUAAGGGAAUGGAUGUGAGACCUAUGAUGGAAGUUGUUAAAGGAGCUGCUUUUGGAAUUCUCCAGGCUGCUGGUGGUUGUCCAACGUCUCUGCGUCCUGGUAGGUGGUUGGAUUUGUAUAGUGGUACAGGGUCUGUUGGAAUUGAAGCAAUCAGUCGAGGAUGUUCUGAGGCACAUUUUGUUGAGAUGGAUCCUUGGGUUGUUACAAAUGUUCUACAACCAAACUUGGAACACACUGGGUUUGUUGAUGCUUCGGUUAUACACACUGCUCGAGUUGAAAACUUCUUGGAACGUGCUGAUAAAUUAGUAGGUAAGGAUGGAGCGUUUGAUUAUAUCAGCGUUACACCACCUUACAUGGAGGUUGAUUAUGAGGUUCUGAUGGAUCAGAUUGCUAAGUCGCCAGCAAUUGGGGAAAAUACAUUUAUUGUGGUCGAGUACCCUUCACGAACAACAAUGCUUGAUUCAUGUGGAUGCCUUGAAAAGAUGACUGAUCGAAGGAAACAUCCAAGUGAUUUUAAGAUAGUGGUAAGGAAAGUAGUAGGCUUGCUAAUACACUCAGUCACAAAAGGAAGCUGUAGGGACAUUGGUUGCAGUAUGGGUGGUAAUGGCAUUAGAGCUUUGGUUGGAGGUGUUGUUUCUUUGGGUUUGAUUGUGUUUCUUCUUGUCGGUAUCUUAGCAAACUCUGCACCAAGUGUUCCAUCAUCAGAACAUGUCAAGACUUUGCAGUUUAGUGGUAAGGAUGUGAAUCUGUUUCAUGUGAGCAAGCGAAAAGUUCCAAAUGGACCUGAUCCUAUCCACAACAGGUUCUCAAUCUUCUCUCUCGAAUUUUAACCUUCUAUAGUCUUUUCUUUGAGUUUGUUUGCUAUCAGAGAUCAAGCCUUUUGAGAAUUUUUGUCUUGAAGUUGGUUUAUGUACGUUUAUACAAAAUCUAUUAGUGUUUCCUCAAUUCAAGAUUUUUGGGUGUCACUUUACACAGAUACCGAUAAUCACUGGUUUCUAAAAAGAUCAUUAGCAUGCAGAAUUCUUGUUCUUUCCUUCUUUUCAGUGUCACUAUACAUUUUGUGUCCAUUAAAGAACUCGUCUUUUG